AUGGGUUCUACGCAAGAACCCGUGAACUUCGGGCAACACUAUGCCAUCCUGAACCUUGAUUGGAUAUGUCUUCUGAUAAACGCGAUUGAGGAAACGCCGGAAGGAAAAUCAAUGAUUGCAAGCUGCUCCAUAUGGAACGAUGCUGUUCAUUCCAAGAGCAAGCGCCCUCUCACCAUCUUCACAACUCUCGCCUUCAAUCGUGGCCAGCUGGAGCUAGAGGCCAACAAGCCCUUUGCCAGGCUCAUCGCCCCGUUUGGUUCUUUUGAAGACGGGUCUCCUGGAGUCAAGAUUGAUUCUCGCUUUAUGGUAGAUGAGAAAGAUGUCGUCCUUCGGAAAACCAGAUGGUCAGCAACAACUGGAAACAACCUGGAGCAAAUCCUGAAAGCGCAGGGAAUAGAUACUGUGGUUAUCUCCGGGUUGAGCCUUUCUGGCGUCGUGAUGGCGACCAUAUACCGACUGUUUGACUUGGACUUCAACAUCUAUGUCAUCAGAGACAAUGUGGUGGAGUUGCCUGUGGAUCAGGAUGAAGCAUUCUCAAAGGUGAUGCUCGAGGCUCUGAUUCCUAAAAUGAACCUUCGGGUCAUUUCUCUAGAUGAAGCUAUUCAGGCGCUUGGUCAUAGGUAG